AUGAGCGCUCCCCCGGCCGCGACCCCCCGCGCGAAUAUGGGCACAGCCGUGUCCAAAAGGAAGACGCUCAGGAACGAGGCCAUGUCGUCCGUGGCGGCCAAAGUGAGAGCUGCGAGGGCUUUUGGAGAAUACCUUUCACAAAACCAUCCUGAAGGCAGAAACGGCUCAGAUCACCUGCUAGCAGACUCCUACAUCGGGCAGGAGGACUCCCCUGAGAUGCAGCAGGUGGCCCAGAACAAGCGCAGGCUCUCGGUCAUCUCGGACGGCAAAUUCGAGAGGAGCUUCACCGAGGAGCAGGCGGAGAAGAUGCCGAGCGAGGGCCCCAAGCCACGGGUGUACACCAUCUCUGGAGAGAGGCCCAUGCUGUCCGAGCACGAGAAUGACAGCAUGGAGCUGGUGGUGAUGAAGGGAGCUGCCCACGAGGAGUGUCACCACGGCCACCACGCGCACGGCGCCGGCGCCUCGCACGGCGUCCGGCACUGCAAGGCCUGGCCAGGCGGCCGCCAGGGCUCCAAGGAGUGCCCCAACUGCAGCAGGCUGGCUGCCCCUUCCCAGCAAUCCAUUGAGCUGGAGCAGCACCCACCUGGCGAGGCUGGGUGGCACAGGAAAAGGCUGGAGAGGAUGUACAGUGUGGAUCGAGUGUCUGAUGAUGUCCCCAUACGAACCUGGUUCCCAAAAGAGAACCUCUUCAGUUUUCACACUGCUACCACAACUAUGCAAGCCAUCUCGGCGUUCAGGGGCUACGCAGAGAGGAAGAGACGGAAACGAGAGAAUGAUUCUGCAGCUCUUAUCCAGAGGAAUUUUCGGAAGCACCUCCGCAUGGUGGGGAGCCGAAGGGUUAAAGCACAAACAUUUGCCGAACGGCGUGAGAGGAGCUUCAGCAGGUCCUGGAGUGACCCGACUCCCAUCAAAGCUGAUCCCUUCCAUGACUCUCGAGAAAGCCAUGACCUUCAGGAUUCCUGUGGGACUCUGGACGGUGACUUUGACUUGAACUGGGAAGCAGAAAAGGAGCUUGAAGCCAUGGCAUGUGACGGAGAAGACUUUAUUCCACCAAAAAUAAUGCUCAUUUCUUCCAAGGUGCCCAAAGCAGAGUAUGUCCCAACAAUUAUCCGCAGGGACGACCCCUCCAUCAUCCCCAUCCUCUAUGACCAUGAACACGCCACCUUUGAUGACAUCCUGGAGGAAAUAGAGAAGAAACUUAACAUUUAUCGGAAAGGCUGCAAAAUUUGGAAGAUGCUGAUAUUCUGCCAGGGAGGCCCCGGGCACUUGUACUUGUUAAAGAACAAAGUUGCCACUUUCGCCAAAGUGGAGAAGGAGGAAGAUCUGAUCCUCUUCUGGAAGAGGUUGAGCCGACUGAUGAGUAAAGUCAAUCCUGAACCAAAUAUCAUCCACAUCAUGGGCUGCUAUGUUCUUGGAAACCCCAAUGGGGAGAAGCUAUUUCAGAAUCUGAAAAACUUAAUGAAUCCUUAUAGGGUUGCCUUUGAGUCUCCACUUGAACUAUCAGCUCAAGGUAAGCAAAUGAUUGAGACUUACUUUGACUUCCGCCUUUACCGCCUCUGGAAGACCCGCCAGCACUCCAAGCUAUUGGAUUACGAUGACAUUUUAUGAGCUGGAGAAGACUUUGCAAGAGGAAGCUCAUCACCAGUGUCCAAGAAGUCAUGCUUUAUUGCAGAGAGACUUUUUUAUUGGCACAGGGAGCCCUUCACAGCCCUACAGGAGGCAGCAGUGCUAAAGGGAGGGAAGGAGGAGCCCUCGGAAGUGUCGGGAGGAAAAGUGUCCUGGGCCAAGAGAGACUGGAGGGAAGGGGUGACAGUGACACCUCGCUGGCCUCAGUCCGAGCCCUGGGGCCUCAGGAGGAGCUGUGUGAAACGAGGACAGGAUGGAGUUCCUGGCAGAACUGAGCUGUUUUGGGUCAGAAUGGGCCAGAUUUGAUUCCAGGUCCUUUUAAAGACUUUUGAAGCUCAGGUUUUCUUACAAAAAAACACAAACCCAGUUAACCCAUGCACUACAGUGAAGAAGUCACCAGAGCACAGAGGAAGCAGGGGGUUGUCCUGGUGGGACUUUCUGUGCUGGGAGUCCUGGAGAGCAAGGACUGCUACACCUACUCCUGCAAGCUUAGAGCAAGAUCAUCCCGUUUCCAUGUGAAUAUAUACUGGGAUAUAGAAUUGAAAUCUUUUUUUUUUUUGUUUGUUUGUUUUGUUUAAUAGAAAAUAAGUGCAAUUUUUAUAGCGAGGGAGGGGGUAAAGUCCCUCCCCAUAUUUAAUUAGUUAAAAAUAACACACCAUAACCAAUAGAUGAGGUAUUUUUGGUCUGCUUGAAAAUAUAUUCAGAAUGGUAAUAUAUCUUCUGUAGACAUAUUUAAUCACCAGCAAACAUGGUUUUAACAUAAGUUAGCAGACCCUGCAUGUCUGCUGCAUUGGUUUGGUUCCUUUCAGAGUAGCUGUGCUGCACUACCUGUACGUGCUCUCACGAAUGUAUAGUUCUCCUCCAGUUAGCCACAAUUUCAUUACUUUCUAUUUUGCUGCUUGCAAAACUAUGGAACUUUAGUUUUGCUGAAAUACUUUAGGUUAGAAACACGGGACCUGGCUGGGAAGCCUCGGUCAGGCUCGCUUUGGUAUAAAAAUGAAUUAGAAAUUAAUAGCCAUGGUAAUUAAUUGUUCAUGCCAGUGUUUUGCUGUGUGUUGGGAGAGGAGCUCUCUUCGUGUGUGGAGACCCCUCUGAGGGGGUCUGAGCACUGAGGCAUUUGGGAGAAAUGCUUCUGGAGGGACACAGCACAGGCUUGGAGCAUGACUUUGACUCCUCUCUGUUCACUUGAUUGCCAGUUGUUUGUGCAUAACCCACCCCUUUUCUCCUGACCUGUUUCUUGGUCUGAGCUGCUCAGCCCCUUCCUGUGUAGGACAGAGAAAGCCCCGAGCUCUGUCAGAGCAGCCUGAGAGCCCAGGUCUGUACUUGAUAUUUAAUGGUAUCUUUUGGAAUCUAUUUAUUUUUGUUUGGUUUGGUAAGGGGGUGCUUUUUCAAUUUUGGAGAUGGGGCUUUUUUCACAUUCUGCUGUCCUUUCAGAGGACAAAUAGUACUUAGAGCCUGUGUAGGUCACUGGCAAUUCUAGGAGGUUACACAAGUUAUUUCUUUAACAAGCAAAGGAAGUGACAGGGAAGGGUUACCUUAUUUUCCUGAUAUCUCAAAUUUGUUGAUUGUGAAGUGAAGGAAAAUACAUGUACAAAUCUUCUUUUAACUACUUACAAAGAGAACUUGGUGUUCUGAUCUGUAGAGUCCUCCUUCCCCUGUGCCAUACCUGUGGUUGUGAUUUUGGGGAGCAGGCCCCUGGCUAGAACUGCUGAACCCUUUACAUUUAGAGCAGUUUUAUAGCAAAACUUUUGAAGAAAUAAUGUACAUACAGUAAGGAGAGGAAUAGGUGGAGAGAGAUGGUUUUAAAGCCACACAGACAGGUGUGGGCUGUUGCCUCCCCCAGGCUGGGAGCUUUGGUAGCCACGUCUCAUCCCUGGACUCAGUCAGGCUUGUCAGACUUACAGUGAAGGGGAGAACAGGCACCAUUCUGUAGCUUUUGGGAAAAAAAAUGCCAGAAAUAAAAGAAAAAGAACCCCAGAUUUAUGCCAAUUACUGUUUAACAUUGGAGCUUCCACCAGCUCUGCAGUGAGAAGUGGGAGCCAGAGGUGCAAUGAAAGCACAAGUCAUGUUUUCUAGAGAAGGAAAUGGUUGUGGGAAGAUUAAAAUGCUGACACAAAACUCUCUCCCUUUCUGACCCUUUAACCUCCUAACUGGAGACAGGCAAACUGUUCUUCUUUCUCGAAUCCCAAUUCAGUGAACUUGGUAGCAUGAAUGUAGCAUUGUGGAACUAUUGAAAAUCUUACUUAACCCCAAAGGGCCCAUUUAUGUAUCCACUUGAGUGAUUUCUCUGUAGAACUGUUGUAUAUCCUCACUGACCACUUGUAGUACUUGGGGUGCAAAGUAGAAGGUAGAUUGUACAGUAAUUUCUGUGUUGGAAUGGACUAUGGACUGUUCUGGUACAGUUUAUGGCAUAUGACAACUGAUGAAUGCAUUUCCCUCCAAAGAUCUAUAUUCCUCAUAGCUUGUGAUGUUUAUGACAUGAACAUAUUUUUUCCUUUGUAGCAUUCAUUUGCCUAAAGAGAUGAAAUUCUCUCAGGGCUGUGACUGGAAUAGAGUUGUGAUGUUUGA